AUGCAGAACACAUCUAGGAGGGCUGCAAGAUCAUACAUGAAAAUUGUGGAUAACUCUUACAUUGGAAGAUGUGAUGAGCUGAGAAGGCAUCAAAUUGCUGUGGCCAAAAUAGAGGAGAGAAAAACAUCGUAUAACGUUUUUCUCGGCUAUCUGAUGUUCAAUGCUUCCAAUAAUCCCAUAUGGGUUUUGUUUUCUCCAGGUCCAUCAUAUUUAUUCCUUGUAUUUGAUGUAUUCUUAAACAAUAGAAAGAAUGGAUUUAAAUGGACAUUGAUAUUGGUGGUGUUGGCAUACUGUGAGCCUACCAUCAGCCGAUUAGUGUUGAAACUCGCUGCUCUUAUCAAGCUGAAGAGCUUGUUUACUUUUAUUCCCUCUCAACAUCAUUUUUAUAUAGUUCAGUAUUGUGUUCGUCGAUUAUUUGAAGAGGAAGACAUUGCACACGGAUACAAUGGUUUGAGAUAUUUUUUGACAAUUGUUGCUGUUGUCAUCAGAACAGCUUUUGAACUAAAGAAACAAUUAACAUGGCAAGUGUUGGCUCUAGUGAGCUCAGUUAUUGCUACUAUGUUCAAUACGUAUUGGGAUGUUUUCGUUAACUGGGGGCUUCUGCAAAUAAAAUCAAAAAACUUGUUUCUGAGAGAGAAACUUCUGGUUUCACGCAAAAGUGUGUAUUUUGCAGCUAUGAUCAUCCGCCAGUAUGUCUGCCAUUGGGAUCUUUGUUCAGAUUUGAAUUUUACUCAGUUUCAACAGCUGAUGUCCAUUCCAGCUGCUCCUGAGUUUUUAAUUUCUGAGCCUCCGGUUUCAUUCCUGCAUGUGCAGCAAGAGCGGAAGACUUCCGAUUUCUGCAUCUAUACUCUUCUUACUCUCUCUGGAAUGCUUCUCUGCUGUUUCAUAAAACCACAUCAGGUGUCUUUAAUCUGUUCAUGA